GGGGUUGGGAAGAUGGCGGCUCCCAGCCUCCUCAACUGGAGGCGGGUUUCCUCCUUCACGGGGCCGGUCCCCCGCGCCCGGCACGGACACCGGGCCGUGGCCAUCCGGGAGCUGAUGAUCAUCUUUGGAGGGGGCAACGAGGGCAUCGCGGACGAGCUGCACGUCUACAACACGGUUACAAAUCAGUGGUUCCUACCAGCUGUUAGAGGUGACAUUCCUCCAGGUUGCGCUGCCCACGGAUUUGUCUGUGAUGGUACCAGAAUAUUAGUGUUUGGGGGAAUGGUUGAAUAUGGAAGAUACAGCAAUGAGUUAUAUGAGUUGCAAGCAAGUCGUUGGUUAUGGAAAAAAGUGAAACCCCACCCCCCUUCUUCUGGUUUACCUCCUUGUCCUCGGCUUGGACAUAGCUUCUCUUUAUAUGGAAACAAAUGCUAUUUGUUUGGUGGUCUGGCAAAUGAGAGUGAAGAUUCAAACAAUAAUGUUCCCAGAUAUUUAAAUGAUUUCUAUGAGUUGGAGCUACAGCAUGGUUCUGGUGUGGUGGGUUGGAGCAUUCCAGUGACUAAAGGGAUUGUGCCUUCUCCAAGAGAAUCCCACACAGCUGUGAUAUAUUGCAAAAAAGAUUCUGGAAGUCCUAAAAUGUAUGUCUUCGGUGGAAUGUGUGGUGCUCGCCUGGACGAUCUCUGGCAGCUUGACUUAGAAACUAUGUCGUGGUCAAAACCAGAAACAAAAGGGGUGGUGCCACUCCCACGAAGCCUGCACACAGCCAGUGUUAUAGGAAACAAGAUGUACAUUUUUGGUGGAUGGGUUCCACACAAGGGGGAGAAUAUUGAGACUUCACCUCAUGAUUGUGAAUGGAGAUGUACUAGUUCAUUUUCUUACCUAAAUCUGGAUACAGCAGAGUGGACCACCCUAGUAUCAGAUUCUCAGGAAGAUAAAAAAAAUUCAAGACCAAGACCACGAGCUGGACACUGUGCUGUUGCAGUUGGCACUCGAUUGUAUUUUUGGAGUGGAAGAGAUGGCUACAAAAAAGCACUGAAUAGUCAAGUUUGCUGCAAGGAUCUUUGGUAUCUUGAUACUGAGAAACCCCCAGCACCGUCACAAGUGCAGUUGAUCAAGGCCACCACCAGCUCUUUCCAUGUCAAAUGGGACGAAGUGCCCACGGUGGAGGGCUACCUCCUGCAGCUGAGCACGGACCUGCCGCACCCCGCCGCACCGCCGGACUCCGCGGCGGCACCGCAUCUGCCAGGAGUCAGAAUGGACCCUCACAGACCAGGCAGUAAUAGCACCGUUCCUAACAGUAUCAGUGAUGCAAUGAACAGUACAAAGACUGAACAUACACCUAUGAAAGGAACUUCUGUGAAAAACAGAUUAAAAUACCAAGGAUAUGUGACAAGAACCAUAAUAAGCACACUUACUGCAGGCGUUAUGUUAAUAACUGGUCUUUUCACUUUAAUUUUAGGUCCUCAUACUUCAGCAAAUAUAGGUGUUCUAAGUAGUUGCCUGGACUUAAGAACAGUAAUCCCUGAAACUUCUGUAUCCAGUUCUGUUUCCAGCGCACAAACUAUGGUAACCCAGCAGACCAUUAAAACUGAGUCAUCCAGUACAAAUGGGGCAGUUGUUAAAGAUGAAACUUCACUAACAACAUUCAGUACCAAAUCUGAAGUUGAUGAUACGUGUGCCCUGCCCGCAUCUAAGAUCAGCCGUGUGGAGGCGCAGGCCACAGCGGUGUCGUUUUCUAAAGAGACUCCUUCGAAUCCAGUGGCCACAGUGAAAGCUGGAGAACGACAAUGGUGUGAUGUAGGAAUUUUUAAAAAUAAUACAGCUUUGGUGAGCCAGUUUUAUUUGCUGCCAAAAGGGAAGCAAAGCAUCUCAAAGAUAGGAAAUGCGGACGCACCCGACUACAGUUUACUUAAGAAACAAGACCUUGUUCCAGGCACAGGAUACAGAUUCAGGGUGGCAGCCAUCAAUGGCUGUGGAAUAGGCCCUUUCAGCAAAAUCAGUGAAUUUAAAACUUGUAUUCCUGGUUUUCCUGGAGCUCCUUCUGCAGUCAGAAUUUCAAAGAAUGUUGAGGGUAUCCACCUUUCCUGGGAACCUCCAACUUCACCUUCUGGAAAUAUUUUGGAAUAUUCAGCCUACUUGGCUAUCCGCACAGCACAAAUACAAGAUAAUCCAAGUCAGCUUGUGUUUAUGAGGAUUUAUUGUGGUCUUAAGACAUCAUGUAUAGUAACUGCCGGGCAACUUGCAAAUGCACACAUCGAUUAUACGUCCAGGCCUGCCAUUGUGUUCAGGAUAUCAGCAAAGAAUGAGAAGGGAUAUGGACCAGCGACACAAGUUCGAUGGCUUCAAGGUAACAAUAAAAAAGCACCUUUAAAUUGAUUUUGUUUUUUUACUGAAGUUGUUGUGAUAAUUAUUUAUUAGUAACUGGUUAUGAAAUUUGUCAUUUAAAAGAGUAUUCUCUGUAUUUCUAGUACGUAUGAGUUUGAGUUUGUAAAUUGUUCUUAAAAUGUAUUUGCUCAAUUUUAGACCCAAAUAAAAAUAGAAAAGAAGCAAAGACUCUCUGAAAAUUAGUGUAUGGAUUUGUCCUUACAGUUAUAUAACUACUCUUUGAUGAAAGAAAGUAGUAAAAUCAAGUUAAAAGCUAGAAGGCUUUAUUACCCCAGUGUCUUUUCUAAAGGCCACAUGCCUCAGUCACCCUAGAGUUACUGAGACGAUUCUAGUGCCUGGCCGUCGUGCGCUGUGCCGGCUGAGCGGACGCUCUCUCGGCCGCAGAGGCCCUGUCCUUGAGCGCCCCCCUCAGCAGCGGCUCUCCAACAGCCGUCUCCUACGGGGUAAUAUUUGUGAUACUAACAUUAGGAGCCGCUGUUUGAUUCGUUUUUAUUUUGUUUACCUUCAGUUAGCACAGAGCUUAAGAAAUCAAAAAAGAAAGAAAGAGGCGAGUUUAUAAACUCUGGUUUUGAGUUUUCAUUAUUUUCCAAGAAUCAUAGCAAAAUACAAAAAGAAUAAUGGGUUUUCUUGAUUCAUACCUGGCUGAUAUACUGGACUAUAUUUUUGGCCAAAGCACUGAACCUACCUGGUCCUUGAUUUCCUCAUUAAUACAAGAGGGAGUUAAAACAAUUUACAUAUGAAGUUUCUUUCAGCACUAAAAUGCUGUCUUUUCAUCAAAAGCAAAGUAUAUCUGUGAACAUUUUAACAAGUGUCUUAAUGGCUCCAACUUUGUUUUUGCUGAAACUAAAACGUGUGGAAGUUAAAAUUCAGAAUUGAAGUACAUGCCCUCCUUAUUACAGAAAGAAAGAAGCACCUUAACAGGACACAAGUUUUGAAAUAGUGUUUUAAACAUUUGUAAGAUUUUUGUAAAUGCUCUAAAUGUUUUAUUUUUGCAUUGUUUUUACCUCAAAAUUGUAUAAACUUUUUUACAACUGAGAAAUAAGCAUUAGGCAGCUCCCCCAGGCCCCACUGCGACCUUGUGGAUGCGACAGGCGGUGAGGGCCCUCUGCUCCGGGGUGCUUGCUCGGAACCUUCUAGGACUCUCCCGGUUCCGCUGGGAUUUCAGACCUGGAAUGAAUAUGCAGAGCAGUGUAACUGCGGGAAAGACGGCGCAGACUACAGCCGCCGGGGCCAGGCCUGUGUUUUUUACCACGCGACCUUAUGCCAGGCCGGGCGGGCUGAGGAGCUGUGUCCUCGGGCUCCACGUAAAACAGUCCCGGCCACGAUGGAUUUAAUUGUGCAGGAUUGAUAUAUAUGUAUGUUCCAGUUACUAAUUUAAAGUGUAUAGAAUAUUUUAAUAUAUAAUUUUUGUAAAGAACUGGGAUUUUUAUACUACAGUAUUUGUAAUUAAUGUGUCUCACUAAUUAAGUCUCUCUUGAAGAAAAUAUGCAAGCUGUUAGACACGUAACGAGUGAUUUCCAUACUCUAAAGGUAAAAUAAAUGCACUACUCCGGUGUUAUUAGAAUACCUUUUUUUGUGUGUGUCUGUAUGAUUCCUUAAUCUUUACAUGUGUAUUUUCACAACAAAUGUUUACAAGGAGCUUCUCUGGUCUGCUGUCUCAGCACCGCCGUUGGUGAGAGCUUCAUUCUGCAUUUGUUAAAUUCAUAUGCUUUGCUUUUAGCAUAUGCUUGCUUUUUGCACUAGUAGAAUUUUAACUUACCUCAUUGUUAUGUUUGUAAUCAUUUGUAUAGCUUCCAUGAUAUGUCUGGUAUAGGCUAAAACAAAUACUUAAACCAAAGUUAAAAUAAAUGGUAAGCAAUUUUGCACAUAUUAAAUGCUAGGAUUUUUGUGUAUAUAUGUGUGUUUAGUUAUAAAAAGAGUAAGAAUGAAAAGGUAUAGUAAGUAUAUGUUUCAAGUCCAAUUAUUUUAAUGAUCCAUCUGCUUUAUUAGAAAAAGGUCUUGCUUUUAACUCCUUAAUUCUCUGUAUUAAUUAACAAUUAGCAUCUUGAAGCACUUCUCUUAAUGACAAGGGCAAAGUUGACUUUAAGCAAAUAGAAUAUUUGUUUGAGUGUGCACAUUUAUAACUAUUUAGUAUUUGGUUUACUUUACUUUACGUUGCUCAUAUGCCUCUAUUGUGCCAUGAACCUGUGGUUCUAACAUAUAUCUUAUUUUCUAGAGAGAGAGGCAGUCUUUUCUAUACCAAGGGAUUUGUGAAAAUAACCAAUGGUUUUACUUUGAGAAUUAGUCCAGAUUCUGUACUGUUUUUUUGUUUUGUUGUGUUGCAUUUUGUUUUGUUUUGGCUUUUGUGCAUUAAGCAGUGGUCACAUUUGUCAGUGACUGAAAGAUGCCGUCGAGUGAUCUUUGUGGCUUGACAUUAAUAAUUAAUAACAGAUCUUGGAGCUGUGUGUUCAUGAAUAGAAUGUACUCCGGUAAAUAACAAGAGAAGUGCAUCUAGCUCCCUAUGAUUUGCACAUUUUCUAAGUGAAGAUCCCUUUGAGUAGCAGUGGGCUAGAUCAUGCAGAUAGCUUUCGCUGAGGGUUUACACUGCAUUAAAGGACUUUCUUUACUCCUCCUUGCUGAACAAGCAGUUCAGAUGUACAAGCCUUUGUGCCACAGUCCUCUCCCUGGGCUCUACAACUUUCGUUCACAUGUGUAGUAAAAAGAUUUUGAUGUUGCAUGCUCUUUGAAUUAUGUUUUCUAAAAUAUUGUAUUGGCUUCGUUUUAGUUUAGCAAACUGUUUUGACAGUUUAACUAGAAAUAGGGUAUUAUAAAGUCACUGUUAUCUGCAUAAAAAAAAAUCUGACUGCAUGUAUGAAGACCCUGUGCCCUGUAACCCAAUUACAUAAACAUAAUCAUCUCCAAGCAGAUCAAACUGUUGGUGUAUUAUUUCAAAGACUGGUAGCCUAGCAAAGAACUGUUCUGGUUAGAGAUCUGGUCUAUUAUAACUGUAUAACUGAAGGUAUUUUUAUCUUAAAAAAUUGCAGCACUUGUAGCAUCAAGAUCACUUGUAACAUUGGCUCUGAAGAGAUAAUUCGUGUUGAAAGCUAUCAUAGUAAUCUACCCGUGAAUGAAAUAGGUUGCAAAAUAGACUUGGUCUUUGACUGCAUAAAGUAUAAACUGACAGUUACAUUUCCCAAGACUGAUUUUAGGCAGUUUUAUAUGUUAUGUACCAGUGAUAUGUAAAAUAAAGCACCUUUUCUAUUAUAACCAA